UGAGUAGCGGCCACACCGGGAUGGACGGCCGCAGGACGGUGGUGGUGUCCGGCGUGCCCGACGUGCUGCCCGGCAGGAUGGCCGACAAGCUCACCAUCCACUUCCAGAGCGGCCGGCGGAGCCGCGGCGGGGACGUGGACGCCGUCACGUUCCCCACCGAUGUGAGCGGGGUCGCCUUCGUCACGUUCACCCGGGAGGAAGAUGCAGCCCGGGUGGUGAAGGCGGAGCGGCAGGUCCUGCAGGACGAGGAGUUUCCUCAGAGCUACAGUCUCACCGUGUUCCCCUUCGGGAGGGAGGUGUUCUUGUACGUCCCCCGCGCCACCCUGGAUCUCUCGGCGCUGGGCGGCGACCCCGACUCCCUGAUCCGGGCCCUGCAGUCGUCUCACAGGUCCAUCCGCUUCCAGUGGUCGCCCCAGCGGAGGACGGCCACCAUCGAGGGCCCGUUCGCUGCCGUCCAGGCCCUGAGGGAGGACCUGGUCCGCAGGGCCCAGACCGCCGAGCGCGGAGAGACCCCGGGUCGCCCUCGUUCCCGGGCCGGUUCGCUGUCGCGGACAAGUCCAAACACGGCCCGGUGCCAGAAGGACAGCCGGGACGAAGAGGCGGCGCUGAAAGCUCCACGCAGACUUGAACCGCCCACAAAACACAGAACUGUGCCGUCAGAGCCGCGUCACAGGGAGGUGGAGGGAGAAGCCGGGGCUGCAUUGGUCUCCUCACGUCUGGACCCGGUCCUGCUGGAAGACACAUCAGGAGGGAGUCUUUCUGGUCUGGGCCGGUCGAGUUCCCGCCCCAGCAGGAGCAGCUCCAGGACCGGUGCGCGGCAGCGUCCCCCUGACUCCGAGGACAUCUGGGUGGACCUGAACACCUUCAGGUACGUCCAGCGGUUCCACCAGCGGGACCUGGACGGGGUCCUGGAGGGUGAGGUCCCCGAGGGAGGCGACCUGAUGCUGUUAACGGUGUCGGAGUCGGGGACCCGCCGCGGGGAGAAGCUGAAGACUCUGAUGGCCGACUGGCAGUCGCAGCUCCGGUGUCACCGGGUCUCCUACGACCCGGCGGCGUGGCCCAGCCGGCAGGAACUGGUGCAGAUCUGCGAAGAGGCCGAGCUGCGCUACGACAACGUGCUCUACGUGCUGGAGGACUCCUGCAUCCAGGUGGUCGGCCCCUCGGGGGCCAGUCUCCUGUUCACCAUGAUGGUGGAAGAAAACAUGAGGGGAAAGUCCUGUUGA